AUGAACGAGGAAGUGGGACGUGGCGAAGAGCGCCGACGUGGUCGGCGGCAGGGACGCAGCGCCACAACACGCGCUAUUGAUCAGCGGAGGGCGUGGCCGCCGGGCGCAUCGCGACCGCCCGCGACAGCUGAUCCCUCGGAAGGAGAAACCCGAACUAUAGGAGGAAGUGUGUGUCGACACAUCUACAGUGUCCUGCAAUUAACGACGGGAAUUCAAAAGGAUGGUUCACGAGGUGGUGAUUUUGACGGAUCUUUCGUUGGAUCCCCAACAUCAUAUGUGAACAUACCACAUGUUCCACCAGCUGAAGAUCUACACAGUAUUAUGCGUCGAGAUUCUGAGGCUCCACACGAACUUGAAGUCGACGAGCACUUCUCGCCUGAAUCUAUUGUCGAUUCUGGCGAAUGUACCACUGCCACUAAGUCGCCGCCUGUAUCAGAACCUCAUCCAAUUGACUUGAUACCUGGCGAAACUGUGAAAGCAGAUGAGGAGCUCGAUGGAGAGCUUAGAGCCAUUCUUACCGAUUACAGACUGUGUCUAAUCGCUCCUAAUAACCGUGCAUUGCGUGUGAUUCUCUUAGUGGCCAUAGAAACAAUUGAUUUCCGUGAUCCCGUGCAGAUCAUCAUUAGUUGCAAGGAAGGACGCGUAGCGUGUCUGCGAGCAAAAUCCACUGAAAGUGCUAUUGCUUGGCAUAAAAUGCUUUAUAAAGCAGCGAAUCGGGUCACCUGUCAAGAGCUUUUCGCAUGGCACUUUGCCAAAGAGGUGAACACGACCUCAUGUUCGUGGUUAUCUUCCACCCCACUCAUGGACGACGAAGCUCUUGUUCGUAAAGAAUUUGAGCGUCUCGACUAUGAUCGCGAUCAUUUUAGGAUCAGCGAUGAUAAUAAAGGAUUCACGUUAUCUCCUACGUACCCUGAGUAUUUGGUUAUACCGAAGGAAAUUAGUCAUAAAGAUCUUGUUGAUGGGAAGGACUUUCGUUUCUUACAACGUUGGCCUGCAGUGGUAUGGAAAUGUAAAGAAACGAGAGCUGUGCUUUUGCGUAGUAGCCAACCACGACUCAGCCUUUUUGGAUGGAGGAAUAAUGCCGAUGAGAAGUUUUUCGAACUAGUUCAUAAGUAUCUUGACACAUAUUCGCCAGGCAAAGAUAUGCUUAUAAUGGAUGCUCGAUCGUAUGCUGCUGCGUGGGCAAAUCGAGCAAAGGGCGGAGGAUUUGAGCAUCCAGAGUAUUAUCAACGAACUCGCGUUGACUGGCUCGCUUUGCCAAAUAUUCACAACGUUCGAUACUCGUUCCAUCAACUUCGUGCCUUGCUAUGUUCUAAUCAGAACAAAACAGGCGAAUCAUACCUUACGGCACUGGAAGGCACGUGUUGGUUAAAUUACGUGAAGGACCUCAUGAACUCUGCUCGAAAAUGUGUGGAUACUCUUUUUGAUGGACAGUCAGUUCUUGUUCACUGCUCCGACGGCUGGGAUCGCACUACCCAAAUUGUCUCACUCGCCAAGCUUAUGGGUGACGAAUAUUACAGGACAGUUCAAGGAUUCGAGGAACUGAUCCGCCUCGAAUGGGUCGCGUUUGGCCACAAGUUUGCAGAUCGUAAUGGAAUUGCUGGCACAAACACCAAUGAACAGUCCCCGAUUUUUCUGCAGUUCUUAGAUGCUGUGCAUCAAAUGCAGCAUCAGCUUCCAACAGCCUUCGAGUUUAACAAGCAGUAUCUGAUCAAACUUGCACAGCAUGCCUACUCGGGCUUGUUUGGAACGUUUCUCUUCAAUUCUCGUCGAGAGUCUAAAAUGAUGAAAGAAGAAAUGAAAGAGGAGCCGGUCUCGAUCUGGAGAUUCCUCGGAAAACAUAAUGAACAAGUCGUUAGUUCACUUUACGACAAGGCAAUUGUGGGAAGGAUUGCGUUCGACACGGAGAUGAGCACUCUGCGCGAGUGGAUUGAAGUUUACCGGGAUCGCGCUUUUGAUGAGGAUAUUGCAGUGCCCUCGUAUCCUACACGUCCUGGACCCAUUACAGCACCUUUGAAGGAAACAGUCACCAAUGCUGCUACGGGGAUCAAUCCUCCGACUCCGUUGCAAAAGAGCAAGAGCAGCGAAAGUAUUAACUCUAUAACGAAUGUUGACGCAGCUAACAUCAAUGGGAUGAUAAAUCAUGCCGGAUCGAACGGGACUAUCAAUGUUUCAUCUCCUGAACAUAACCUUAUGGACACGUCGAUGGUCACUUUGGGCGACGUUACCGCUCCCCCACAUUCCUCCAGUACGCGACGUGACACUUCACACGCACUCUUCAAGUCAACACUGCAUCCAUGGAAGACUAUUCAAGAAAGCCAGGACAAAGAUGGUCUCAUUAAAUUCUUCGAUCCCAUUGAAGAACGACAGCGUGUGAUCAACAAAGCUCAUCAGCUGGAACUGGAACGGCAUCAGCUAAAUCAGAUGAAGCGAAAUAGGAGUUUUUCUGAGCGUACAAGCCACGGAACCGCAUAUCGUGAUGUAGCGGGGAGAAUGGUAUCGUUCGGUGACGGCGAUUCCGACGGGGACAGCAGCUUGUGUCGCGCUUUGUCCGACGUUUCAGUGGUAGAUUCGUGUGAAGUUCCAAGAGAGUCAAGUGGUAUACCGUUGCUUAGAAACACUCACUGUCAAAUAUGUGAUAAGCCGUACCCCAUGAUUGGUGUGCUAAGACCUGAAGACGCUGAACACCGAUGCAGAUUGUGCAUGCUGUCUGUUUGUCAACAAUGCUCCCGUCAGCGUUAUCACACCACAGAGGAUGACGGAAAAGGAGUGCAGCGUCGCAUUUGCGAUCGCUGUUACCAAAAAAUGAUCCCAGCAGAAGCUGACGAAGACAUUGAAUUGCAGGAAGAUGCAUCAAUUCUGAGCUUGAGCUCAUCGCCACCUCGCCGAUCAUCUUCUGUCGGUGACGCGAAGCUGGCUUCUUCGUUCUCCUACAUGGGAUCGCCUAGCCAAGCCGUAAAAGGAUGA